GGGACCACGUGGAAAGAGAUAAGAAGCGGGUGGUGGUGGGUCAGAGAACCGUUCGAUCACGAGAGGCGGGAGCUAGGAGGAAAUCCUCAGUUGCGGACUGGGGCUGGAAGUAGACAGACAGCCUAGAAGUUAUUCCAGUCUCCAGUUUGAAAGAUUGCGUUUCAGUCCAAGCCGCAAAAGUUCUGUGAAUUAAAAUGUGAUUUUGAGGCUGCUUCAAUUCAGGACAUGCCUCUUCAUAUCGCGUUGUAUCAGAUUCAAAACCUUUGAAUGGAUCCUUCAUCUUCGUCGCGGAGGCGCAAGCAGAAGUUAAAUCCAGUUCAGCAGAAUGAAAUUGGAUCUUCCAGCCCAACUAGCUCAAGUUCCGUUACCAUGAAAAAGAUGACCUCGGCCACAGCUACUUCCUCCCCGGCCUCGCAAACUAGCAUGGGUUCGAAACGAGGGGUGUCGAACGAGGCUCGAGGUCAAAGUAGUCCGGCAUCCUCGACUAGUGGAGGGCCCAUGGUCUCGCCCUUGCGGGACCCCUCUCAUUACGAAGAACUGAGUGUCAUAGGAAAUGGUGCGUACGGGACUGUGUAUCGGGCUCGGGACAAAUCCACCGAUACCAUCGUGGCUCUCAAGAAGAUGAGAUUCACAUUAACCGAAGAUGGCGUGCCCAUGGCCAUCCUCCGCGAAAUAUCCUUACUCAAACAAUUGGAAAAGUUUGAUCACCCCAAUAUUGUCAGAUUGCUGGACAUUUGCCACGGCCAACGCCGAGAGCGUGAGAUGUCCCUCUACCUCGUGUUUGAGCAUGUCCACCAAGAUCUCGCCUCCUACCUCGAGAAAUGCCCCUCACCCGGGUUGGGCCAAGAUAGAAUCAAGGAUAUAAUUUGGCAAAUCUUGUGUGGUGUGGACUUCCUUCACAGUCACCGUAUCGUGCACCGAGAUCUCAAGCCUCAGAACCUACUCGUUACAAGGGACGGCAAUGUCAAGCUGACGGACUUUGGAUUGGCCCGAAUCUACGAGUUCUAUACUCUACUAACCUCUGUGGUGGUUACACUUUGGUAUCGAAGUCCUGAGGUUCUGAUGGGGUUGCCGUAUGCCACGCCCGUGGAUAUGUGGUCUUGUGGAUGCAUCUUUGCCGAGCUGUUUCUUCGCAAGCCGCUAUUUCCUGGUCAAUAUGAAAUGGAUCAGCUCCAAAAGAUCUAUGACAAGAUCGGAACUCCGUCAGAGGAGGAUUGGCCCGAGAACGCGGCCGUGGCUCGAUCCAACUUCAAGGUAACUGGUGCCCAAUCUUGGAAGGAUCUCGUGCCCGAAAUGGAUGAGCAGGCCCAGGAUCUGGUCCAAAAAAUGCUCACCUUUGAUCCCAGUGAACGCAUUACCGCCAGUGAGGCGCUUUUGCAUCCCUACUUCAGUGAUUAUGGAUUCUCGCCCUUGUCGUUUUCACCAGCAUCGUCCUCGUCCAGAUCAAUGAGAUCGUCAGACCACUCGUCCUCAUUGAACUCAUCAUCCAACCUCUCGUUCAGCAGCCAUGAUGAGUCUGGAGGGUCCUUGGGAGAGUCCAGUGCCAAGCGAUGCUGAAACAAAUCCAUCUGGUGAUCACAAGUAUUCCCCCCAAAUCAAGUGACCGGUGCUCGUCAACACGCUCCUUCAAAAUCCUCCAUGUCCCAUCCAAUGUACAUUACGAAUUGUUAUUGUUUGUUGUGAUACCUCGUCAAUGGGUACGUUGGAGUUUGAUCCAACCCUGUCCGGAACCCAAUCCCUCGCAGAAGUAAUCACCCUCAGUAGGUCCACAUGUGCCUCCCUGAAGAACGCCCUCUAUUUCGGCGACACUCCUUUUCUUGGGCCCUCAAAGCUCAUCCCCCAAAUGUCAGAUUUUUGAAGCUCUCCUCCUCGACGAAGUUCUUGUCCCUUUCAUCGCCAACAGACUGCACUCUCUUUUCAACAAUAAUAUCAAAAUAUAAAUAUCACUUUCAACCGAGCUAUCAUUCGGUCAGCCAAGCCACAACAAAGACAACAUAUCAAAGUUCACAGAGCCAGCCUCCUUCAACGUUUCCCUUUUGAAUCUUACAAGUAAUGGAACAUUCGGUUCCUCUCCCGCUCCUCGCUCUCUUUCUUUUGGUCUCUUAAGUAAUAGAAUGUAUCUGGGCAUCGCUCUUCAAACGCUCUCCUACCUCACUCAUACCUUAAUCAAGUAAGACCACGAAAUUCAAAACAGUUACCAACUUAUGGCAAUAGUACAAGAACCAAAGCUGCGCUUGAGCAAACUUCAUAGUUCCAUGCAAACACCUACCAGUCACCAGUUCAGUCAGUCCUUAUUAUUCAGAUACUGCAAUAGAAUCCAAUUGAGUACUAUUGUACUGGUUUCAAAUCAACCAACCAACCACAAACUUAAGCUGCCUCUCUGAAUCAAAUCUCUGACCCCUCUUUUUUUUUCCUCUCCAAUCUCAUUUGAUGGACGAGCUCAAGACCUGGUCUCUUCACCACUUGGCUUCGUCCUGAUUUGUCAGAUGUAAAUUGAACAUAAUUAUUGCUCCUUGGAUCUGUUGAUAAGUCGAUUCGUGAAUCGUCUUAGUGUUUUUUUGCUUUGUCAGAAAUACUUAUCCCUCUCUUGAACAUGAUGUCCAAUAAAAGAUAUCCAAAUAA